AUGUUAAAAGGGCUGACCCCUGCCUUUUUUUCGCCUGAAGAGCAGCGCAAACGCCUGAAGAGAGAGUCACGUGAGCUGAUGACGUCGAUGGUUCCUCUUCAGCUAUGUGAGGUCCGUCUGUUCACACAAUUUAACCGAAUAACGGCAGUAGUCACCGUUAUUCGACAUGCGCCUCGCUGUAUGAUACCGUUUUCCCAGUACGUCGGAUUUCUGUUCGAGUCCAAUCUUCGCAUAUGCGUCGAUUCCGACAAUGAUCAGCUGCUGGCUUUGACAUCAACGCAUUGA